UCUGUCCAAGAGCCCAGAGCAAGGAGCUGCUAAUCUCCCAUCUCCAAGGGGCCUUGGGCUGCUGAGAGACAUGCUCUAAAGUGCCACUGCAAACCAACCAUGGGCCCUGUCCCAGGCUGUAACUACUGUCUUUGGGAAGCAAACAGAUUCUACAGUCAGCUUCUGAGCCAGGAACUGCAGGACGGCCCGUUCCGAGACCUGCUGUGAUCCCAGACAGAACAAGAAGAACUGCGGGUCCCCGAUAUGCAAGGCCGUGAGGCGAUGGUGAACGGUGCCCACACAGCACAGGGAGCAAAUCAUGGCUGGAUUCCCUUUUCAUUCCAGCAGGUGAUGGGAUGCCGAGAAAGAAUGAGGAGCAGAAGCCCCUGCAUGAAGCGCCUGAGGUGGUGGAGCCUCCCGUGACUUUACCCACAAGAUCCCAGAGCCCCGAGUGGGGAGGAGCCCGGGAGACUCGGUGCGGAUCAGAAAAGCGGCGGAGGAACCCGCCGGCACAGAGCCAGGGUAAAUCUGCUCAGGUGGGCGAUGGCCUCACCCACCAGGAGAGACCAAAUACGUGCACGGACUGUGGGAAGAGCUUCAACAAGAGCUCGUCUCUGAUCAUCCAUCAGAGAACCCACACAGGGGAGCGGCCCUAUGCCUGCCCCGAGUGCGGGAAACGCUUCACCCAGAGCUCCACCUUCCUGCGGCACCAGCGGAUCCACACUGGCGAGCGGCCCUAUGACUGCGCCGAGUGCGGAAAGAGCUUCCGGGUCAGCUCCCACCUGGUCCGGCACCAGCGGAUCCACACGGGUGAGCGGCCUUACGUGUGCGCUGAAUGCGGGCGGAGCUUCAGCGUCAGCUCCCACCUGGUGCAGCACCAGCGGACGCACACGGGCGAGCGGCCCUACCGCUGCGCAUGCGGGAAGAGCUUCAGCCUGAGUUCCCACCUCAUGCAGCACUGGACCAUCCACACGGGCGAGCGGCCCUACCAGUGCGCCCAGUGUGGGAGGAGCUUCUCCAUGAGCUCCGCCCUCAUCAGGCACCAGAGACUCCACGCGGCGGACGCGCCCCGCCAGUGCACCCAGUGCGGGAAAAGCUUCAGCCGCGGCUCAGAGCUGAGUGAGCACCAGAAGAUCCACACGGGGGAGCGGCAGCACGAGUGCGCCCAGUGCGGGAGGAGCUUCGGUGCAAGGUCCAAUCUCCUCCAGCAUCAGCGGACUCACGCGGGCGAGAGGCCCUACACCUGUGCUCACUGUGGGCGGAGCUUCAGCCGGAGCUCAAACCUUAUUACACACCAGAGAAUCCACACAGGCUAAGAGCCCGGCCCAUGUGAAAACCAUGGGCCGACAGCUACAGGCCACAUCCCAUCCAAGACACGGGUAUCUCCUCCUUUUUGGGCAUGUGGAGCUCUUUCCCACUCGUGCUGCUCUUGGGAUGCGGUGGGGUGACGAGACAAUGAGGAGAUGCUGUGGGAAGGGAUCGUUUGGGAUGCAAGGUGAUGGGAACCAGGAAAGGAGGCAGAAGUGGGUGUUGUUGGUGAGUCAUGAUGGUUUGAGUUGGAUGAGUGAACGGAGCGGGGUUCCCAGGUAACUCUGGGCCUGUUUGAGUGUCAGUGAAUUUCCAUAUUUACAUUCUCUUUUUUCCUUUUUAUUAGCGGGCAAAUCUUUUUUUCAUUUGGGUUGCCUGGGGAAUCCUGAGCUGUGCACAUUGGGGUUGCCUGGGGCAGGGAGUGAGCUGAUCAAAGAAGGGGUGUUCUGAGAUGCCCUCCAAUUAAGGAAAGUUUGGAGUGUUAAAAGGAGUGGACAAGUAAACACAUCAGAGGCUAAAUGCAUGUGAAACCGGGUAAUCUAAAUGGCAGAGCUGGUUGAAAACCAACAAACUGAUUUUGCAGGCGGCGGGGAAAGUCAAAACUGACACCAGGGCAGCUGUAUUGAUAAUGGUGUUCAUUUUCAUACCAAAAUCAUAAAAGCCUCCAUUCUUCAUUUAAAUGAAACGGCCACCAAAUUUCUAGUCUGCUGCAACAGAGCACUGCAGAAUCCAGAGACUUUGCUGCAAGAUUUAGGUUCAGCUGCUGCAGGGACUUGAAUAGAUGAACUAUCCAUAUAGGCGUUUUCAACCGGAGUUUGGCUAGAUAGCGAUGUCAAAUUAAAAUGGCCAAAUUAAAUAAAAACCCUCCCAUUUCUCUCUUGGGAUCACUGUUGCACACAGUUAGUACCAUGCAGACUGCAUACGAACAUAUAUAGUCCCGCUGACUUCAGUGUGACUGCACCCACUAGUAGGUACUAUGCUUGAUAAGCAUUGGCAUGACUGGGCCCUUAUUUGGUAUGAGUUUCCCUUGUGCUUGUACAGAAUGCAUGUUCUCCAUCCGGUUUCAUGUAACGGUGUUUCCAAAAGUUAAUAAUAUGUUUGCCCAUCGAAAACACAACACAUAAAUAAAUUGUACCGUAUAGUAGCGGUGAUACGUAUCGAAGUGGGAGUGAAAGGUUGGGUGGUUCAUAUCCUGUGAUUAUAGAUGCUGCUCCGAAAAUGGAUGAAAUUGGGACAUUCCCAUAACAUGAAUAAGGACAUCUGAGAAUUGUGCACCUUUUACCAAUCAGGAACUGAAUCGACUGUUUGCAACACGCUAAAGGAAAAUUGACACAAUCAACUCAGGAUUGAAUAAGGACUGGGAAUGGCUGAGCCAUUACAAACAUUGAAUCUAUCUCCCCUUGUAAGUAUUCUCACACUUCUUAUCAAACUGUCUGUACUGGGCUAGCUUGAUUAUCACUUCAAAAGUUUUUUUUUCUCUUACUUAAUUGGCCUCUCAGAGUUGGUAAGACAACUCCCACCUGUUUAUGCUCUCUGUAUGUGUAUAUAUAUCUCCUCAAUAUUUAUUCCACUCUAUAUGCAUCCGAAGAAGUGGGCUGUAGCCCACGAAAGCUUAUGCUCUAAUAAAUUUGUUAGUCUCUAA